GCUGUGAGCAGCUGACAUCCCCCAGGAGUUACUCGUUCACACUGCUGCUGCUGCUUCCUCGCCCUGGGAUUUAAAAACCAUUUUCCAUCCAGGUGGAGCUCCACGGAUCUGCUGCCUUCAUUGACCACUGUGCAGAAGACCUGACAAGAUCCCAGUCUUUGGAAAACUUGGGUUUCUUUUUGCUUCUUUCCUCUGAGACAGACACAGUGCUCGCUGCCUUUUGUGCAUUUAAUGAUUGGGGAGGGAGGGGGUCCAUAGGAGCUCCAUGCAGACAGGUGAUGGGCGUUUCAGUGGAGAUCUAGAGCUGCCUCCUUGGGUCUGAUCAGUGCACAACAUGCGGACCAUGAGCCUCAUUGCCUGGUAAAGAUCAACCCAUCUGCAAAAAAAAAAAAAAAGGAAAGGGAGAAAAAGCAGGUUGGUCCUGGAGAACCCACUCAACCCCUCAAAACGUCCAGCAGAUCUACCACAUUUGGUGGGGUGUUGAUCCCCCUCUAAGGGAUGGUACUGACUCCCCCAGACACAGGAGCAGUUCUGCAGCUCCUACAUCAAGACAUUGCAUUGUCAUUCAGUAAUAAGUGCAGCAGAACGCAAUGACGAGCUGGGCUUGGAUUUUGCUUCUAGGCGUCUGCUACCUGUCUUCUUCAUUCUGCGAGGAAGCGGAGAUCCCUCCGGAGCUGAUCGAGAGACUGGCUCACAGUGAAAUCAACAGCAUCAGUGACCUACAGCGCCUCCUGGAGAUUGAUUCCGUAGGGUCUGAUGAUUUAUCAGGAGGAAACGUAAAAGCGCAGACACACAACUUCCAUCACAAUAAACAUGUUCAAGAGAAAAGGUCCGUACCUAUUCGCAGGAAGCGAAGCAUUGAAGAAGCUGUCCCUGCAGUCUGCAAAACAAGGACUGUUAUAUACGAGAUACCUCGUAGCCAAAUUGACCCAACAUCUGCAAACUUUCUGAUAUGGCCGCCUUGUGUGGAGGUGAAACGUUGCACAGGCUGCUGUAAUACCAGCAGUGUUAAAUGCCAACCAUCAAGAAUACACCACCGGAGUGUUAAGGUGGCAAAAGUAGAAUAUGUAAGGAAAAAACCUAAAUUAAAAGAAGUUCUGGUGAAAUUAGAGGAGCACCUGGAAUGCACUUGUACAGCAAAUUCUAAUUCAGAUUAUCGAGAAGAAGAAACUGGAAGGCCUAAGGAAACAGGUAAAAAACGGAAGCGAAAAAAACUAAAGCCUACCUAAUACUCAGCUGGAAAUUAUUUUCCUCGGCAGAUGUAAGGUGAAAUAAGCUAGAAACUUUCAUCUGGGACUUGGAUGUACACACUUUGUUACAUUCCUGAAUCUUCUACGUAUGGUGCUUUUAUAGACUUUUUUUUUUUUUUUUUUUUUUUUUUCUUUUUUUCUUUUUGUUCUCGUGUGGAAAGACAGGAUUAAAACAAAAACAUAAGGAAAAAAAGGUUCAAAGGACAUUCUGUGAGAACAAAGGAACAAUGUACAUUUGUUUUAAUGUGACAUCAAAGCAAGUAUUGUAGCACUCUUACAGAGAAGAGAGACUCUUCCCCUGUCUGAAAACUGCGACAACAAAACAAGAUGGCGGGAUGGAUGAAAGGAAGAUAGGUUUAAAAAUUUAAAAUACGGUGAACAUGGCAAGUGAAUGAGGACUUCAUAUCAAAGCAGUGGUGCUUUAUGUCAAGUGAUGUGCCUGCUAAUAUUGAUGAAGAUGGAUGGUCAUUGACAGACCACUGGCACAAGAAAAAGCCAGGAAUGUAUCAAAUGAACAAGUGUCUACGCAGAAGUUUUCAAUACAUAAAUCCUUGCUCCAUGAUGUUAAAGUCUUCACAUAAAAAAGAAAAAAAAACCUGGGAAGCCUUAAGAGGACUUUUUUUUUUUUUUUACUCUAUAGAGUAAUUAUUAUUAUACCAUGGGGUAAUUUAAUUAUGGCAGCACAGUCCUACCACUAGGAACUCACCUGCUCUAAUAUUGGUCAGUUAAUGAUUCUAAUAUCUAUUUGUGUCAUUUUGCAGCAGUUGAUCUUCAAAGUGUUGAAUUUUGUGCGUUUGCGUAUUUGCUCUUGCUUGCCAGAAAUAAAAACACAAAAAAGAAAAAAAAAACAACAACAAAAUGUUCACUCAUUUUGCCAACCUAAUAGGAUCUGGAAAAACAAUGUUAGUGUCAGUUAUUUACCCCAUAUCCCGCCUCUGGUUAAGAAGCGGAAGCUGCCUUUUUGUGGACCGAACUAGUACAACCCAUCAAUUCACAAUGAACUUGGGACCAGAUAAAGAAUCUUUGUGCCCAAUGUUUCUGAAAAACCACUUUUAUGUUCUGUAUGAAGAGUAUGAAUUCUGAUGAUGGUUCGAUCCACAAAAUGGCUACCUCCAAUUAAUGUAACAUCAAAUUCAUAGCAAUCUGGAAUUUUUUUUCUUGGGAGACUAUUGAGGAUUUUAUUGAUAUUUAUAUUUAAUUUGUUUUUGCUUGCUUUUUUUUUUUUUUUUAUAUCUUGCCGGUAGACAGAUAAUCUUAAGGUAGCCAUAAACAUUAGAUGAAUGUCAGCCGAACCCACCAAGACCAGACAACCAUCUAAUGUAUAUGGGGUCUUCUAGACUUUCCCCUGACUGCAGAUAUUGGGAUAAAGAAGUUUUAGGCAGUUGGACUUCAACAUGCCUGAUUUAUUUUGUUCGAGGGAGAUAAGCUGCCACUAGAGAUGUCUACCAGUGGCUCAUUCCCAACUCCACAUUAAGAAUAAGGACAAACUGAACGAGCAGUAUCUGAACUGUAUUGGUAGCCUUUUUCCCCCUUUAUUCGGCCAUUUUUAACUAACUUAGUUUUCGGAAUUGGAGGCAGUUAUAAAUCUACUACAAAGGCAAAGAAGUCGGCCUAUAAAAAAAAUUUGGUUAAAGUGUCAAGGGGUUUUCCAGAAGUACAAUAUUGAUUUAUCUAUUCUCAGGAUAUUUCAUCAGUAGGGGUCCAACUCCCAGCACCCCUGCCGAUUAGCUGUUAAGCCGUGGCGCUCUGCUGUGGCUUCUUCCUAGGCCACUGAUGUCACAUUCAUUGGUCACAUGGCCUAUGCGCAGCUCACACCCACGCUAAAAUGGUGUAGAAAAGCGAUCAGAGCAGAAACCUGAAUGAAAAUAUCCUGUAUAAUUGUUGAGGAGGUGGUUAACCAUGGUAGGCCCACAAACCCAAUUGGAUCUGUUGCAGGAUCAAACACACUUAUAACAGCAAACUAAAUUUUAAGUGUAUCCAUCUAUUUAAUUUACCCCUACUUUUGACAUGACAUGUUGGUACAUUGUAGGUGUAGUUACAAACACUGCAUAGGUACAGUGAUAUAUGCCUGUUCCAAUUAAUUUGAUCUUAUGGCAAUUUUAAUAUAUAAAAUAACUGAAAAGAACCCACCUCCCCGCUAUGACUUCAUAGUAGCGCCCACCCCGGUAUUCAAGCUAAUAAACGGCAUUCAAUUAUAAAAGGGAAAAAAACAAAUCUCUCCAGUCCAUGCCUCAUUGAAUUUCCUUUUCAUUGUGUCUGCAUAAUUUAAAUUAAAAAUAAAAUAUUUGUAUGUUAAUAAAUCAUGGGAUAUCUGUGCAAACGUUAGAUUUGUGCCAGUUGCCUAUUAAUGCUAAUAUUUUAUUUUCUAUAUUUCUAUUUUAUUUUUUAUUUUUUUUGCUAUUUUAUUUUUCACACACACAACACUUUCACAUUUGUCCGUGUGUGAAAAGGACAUUUUAUUCUUGUAACUGCAUUGUACAGUGUCACAGUAGCAAGAGAAAUAUUUGCUACGUGUAUUUGAACAAAUCCUAAAUUCUUUAUUUUUGGUAAAAAAAAAAAAAAAUCUAUGUAUGCUUAUGUGUAUUCAGAAAUGUGUUCUUUUUUUUGUAAAGUUGAAGUUUGUAUUUUUAUCUAAAAUUAACAUUUUUAUAUGAGUACGAAAAGCCUACUAUGUUUUCUUGAACCAAAAAAAAAAAAUAAUGCAUUGUGUGGUCAUAUUUUUGUAGCACCAUAUCAUACAAAUAAUUAGCUAUAUCUGUUGCAUAGAAGUGUUCUAGCACUUGGUUUACGAUAUCCUAUAUUCUACUGCUGCUGUUAAAGUAAAUGUAUAUCUAGUGAGAGUCCAUUCCCCAAUAUGUCAAUCUGUUGAGUGGCUGAAAAAGAAAUUCUCACGGAGGCUGCCGAGUCUUUGCCCAUUUGGUCAUACAUUCUGCUUUAUUCUUUGAACCUUCAUGUACUGUAUUAUUGAAAAAUGUUUGGAAAUCUACCCAAAAUCCUCAUUUAUAAUUUUCAUAAAUUCAUAAUUAUUUUUUUUUUUUGUCAUUUUUAUUUUUUAUAUUGCUCCCCAUUUUGACUAGGCAGUUGGUUCUCAUUUGCAUCCUUAUAAAACCAGUUAAAACUUUUUUUCAUAUUUUGAUUUAUUAUUAAAUAAGUUUAAAAAGUUAUGCCGCUACAAUACACACAUUAAACUGUGGCCCAUUGAAUCCCUGCAGUACUUGUACACAUAUCAUUGCAUUCGACAAUUAGAAAGAUGUAGGGCUGUUUGGCUGCAGGCAAAAAAUCCCAUUGUAAGUAUUUCACAAGUUAGCAAAACCUUUCCAAUAAAGUAUUAAAUGUGUUUAGUGUUGGCUGCCUGCCAUGUUCUGUUUUAUGAAAUGGGAAUGUCCCUCUAAUAAAUCUGUUUAGAAGAAUCGAUCUUCUUUUUGUAGGCUUCCUCUUGAAGAUGGUUUCUCUAACCUAGAGCCUUUAGUGGACCUCUACCUUGUUUGUUUUCCCCCAGAAUCAGAACUUAUGUCCCAUCCACAAAAUGAAGUGGUGGUUGAGUAUGCGUUCUUCCACUCCACUCAAAUGGGGGACCCACCAGUGGGAACCUCAGCGGUCAGACACCUAUUUCAUAUCCUGUGGAGCCCUGUACUUGGCUAUCUCCCUCAGUCCCACAGACUUUAAAUGGAGUAGCAGCACGCAUGCUCAACCACCGCUCCACACAGGUCACCCAUUCUCAAGGUCAGUGGGUGUUCCAUUGAUAGGACUCUCUGUGAUCAGAUGUUUAUCCCCUACCUAUGGAUAGUGGAUAUGUUUCGAUUCUAGGAAAAGCCCUAAAUAUACUAGACUGUACUCUACAGUUAGGGCUCAUGCACACCAUCCUGUUACUCCUCCCUACAACCUCAGUCGUGCAUCAUGACAUGCUCCAUUGUAUGCUUCCUUAUGAAGCGGUGCUUCUCGGGUAGACUAUUUCCAUAAUGUGGCACUAUAUGAAGUGCCUAUGGCUACAGAACCGCAGAAACUCUGUGCCUCUGUAUAAGCAUGAGGCCUUAUUCAGUCUUUUUUGUUUUGUGCAUUUUUUUGGUAGUUCCAUGAAAUUUCUAGUUUUUAGACUGUCGUCAUGAGUUACGAUGAACAAUCAUUAUAAUUUGGAAGGGAACUUUUCCUACUAAGGCACAAUCUUGUAUAUGUGGGUACAUUAUUGGCAUUUGACUAGUAAUUCCCAACAUUUUCACCAUGGCGGACCCCUGAAAAAUUGUUUUCUUACUAAGGAACCCCCUUCCUGGCAGCUCUUGCUGUUGCCAAUUUCCAGGAAGCCCUGCUAGGCAAAGACUGCUUUAAUUAUCAACAAAAACGUGUUCUAUCGGAGCAAGGGUGGGAAAACUACUGCGGCCUGAAUUCAAAAUGGUUGCCACCUCCAUGAACCAUAGCACCGAUCAGCGCUACAGAUUUCAGUUAACCAUUAAAUACCAUUAUAAUAGAUUGCUUCUGGGGAAACUUCAUUAUGAAAUUGGAAGGAAAAUACAUUCUUUGGAAUACAUUCCCGUUAAUUUGUGAUGGUUUAGAU